AUGCUAUCCGCCGUGCGCCGCGCCUGGCUCUGGGCGCAAUCCAGCCUGAGAGACGGCCCGCAGUACACCAUGCUAGACGGUGCCCGCGAAAAAUCCUACUACUACUACACACGCACCUCGCGACGAACCUGGUACAUUGCUUGCGCAGGCGCAGCACUCGUCCUUCUCUACUUCGCCGCGGGCGCGCCUCUCCCCGCAACAUACCAUCGCCCGUUUUUGGCAUCCGACGGAUACUCCUGUGCGCAUCCGGUUACGCGACUAGCCUACGAUGCAGAAACGAACUUCAAUCAGACGCUCGACCGACAAAGUCAGUCGCUGGAGGAUGCGGUGACGGAGUACCAGCGGCGAUACGGGAUGCCGCCGCCGCCGAAUUUCGAUAAAUGGUAUGAGUUUGCGAAGGCGCGGGGGACCGUCUUGAUCGACGAGUUUGAUACGAUCUAUCAUGCGCUCUUGCCCUUCUGGGGCCUUGCGCCGUCGACGAUUAGGGAGCGCGUGCGUGAGGAUCUGGGGUUCGAUAAUCACCAGAUGACGAUUACUGUCCAGAACGGGAAGGCGAAGCAUAUUGGGAAUUUCCAAGGCGAAUUCCAGCGUGAUGCGACCAUGAAGAUCCUCGAUAUGUGCGCGCAGUGGUUACCGGAUAUGCACCUGCCCUUCAAUAUCCACGAUGAGCCUCGCAUCGUCAUCCCGCACGAAGAUCUGCACCGGAUGGUCGUCGAAGGCAAAGCAGCACAAGCACGACUCCGCGCCAACGCGGAAAGCACAACCUCCUUCUCCAAGACAAAGCUAGAAGAAAUCACCCCGGUCCAAAGAACCCGCUUCAACGACAUUGAGCUGCAGGAAACAUGGCUCUUCUCCCGCCUCUCCUGCCCGCCCGACUCACCCGCCCGCGCACUGGACAACAACGCCAAAGAUAACAGUACAACCUGGGCCAGCGCACCCCUCGGCUUCGUCUACAACCAAACCGCCUCAACAGACAUGUGUCUCUCCCCAUCCCUCCGGCACAAACUCGGCGUAUUCGAACGACCAAACGCCUUCAAAAUAUCCACCGACCUAACCCCCAUGUUCUCCAUGUCCCGCCCCUCCUCCUUCCAAGACAUCGUCAUGCCCUCCCCCCUUCUACUACGACUGUACUGGCGCGGCUCAACAAAAGGAGGCCACAGCCGCGGCGGCUCGUGGAAAUCCCUCCAACGUCAACGCGUCAUCGGAAACCUCACACACCCAGAAUCACAGCGCCAUUUCCUAACCCGCACUCCAAACACCCGCUGCGCCGGCAGGGAUUCAGGGUGGGACCUUAUCCCCGCCAACGCCUCCCAGUUGAAUGCCUACGUAAACACAUACUUCACCGGCAUCGAAGACUGCGACGAAGAUUGCCUGGACGAAGAACUUUACUUCGAAGUCGUGGAUAAGGAAAACCAGGAUGCAGCGUGGAAAUAUCGGUACCUUCUCGAUAUGGACGGACACGCGUACAGUGGGCGGUUUUAUGCAUUUAUGCGCAGUCCCAGCGUGCCGUUUAAACUUACUUUCUUCCGGGAGUGGCAUGAGAAUGCCCUUUGGCCUUGGGUGCAUUAUGUCCCGCUCAACAAGGAUGCGGACGAGAUUCCGGAGUUGUUGCGCUUUUUUGAGGAGGAUGUGGAGGGAAGGAGUCUUGCGAGGAGGAUCGGGCUUGGGGGGCAGGAUUGGGCAGGGAAGGCGUUGAGAAAUGAGGAUAUGGAGGUUUAUUUUUUUAGGCUUUUGCUUGAGUAUGCGCGAGUCCAGGAUGAUGAGCGUGAGAGUUUGGGGUAUUAUGUGCGGGAUAACUUUGUUUGA